GUUGGAUCGGAUCGGAUCGGAUCCGAACGGAACGAAACAGUACUACGGAACGGAUAUAUCUUUUUUUUCGCGGCGAUCGCACAGCGGAGUUGUCGAGGCGACAUCCGACGGAUGGCCAUACGUGCUGUCGGGGUUUAUGCUUCUGUGCUUCGUCUGGUUCUCCAAUGUAAAAAUAAAAUUGCUCCAAUAUGUGUGCGCGAAACGGCUUUUGAAAUAGUUUCUAUCUUAAAAAAGUAAUAAUAAAAUAAAGAAAAACCUCUCAGUGCGUUUUGUCAGGGUCUUUUGGAUACACGGAUUUGGAUUCGUAACGCUGGCGCAGUAUCGGUAUCAUUAUUAUUGAACGGAUUUCGAAGCAGUUGAGCAUGAAAGUGGUGUGCUUGGUAUUCGAAUUCCUGACGGUGGUCCAACUGCUGCUGGCUGGAGCUCAGAGCGGACAUGUCCAGGAGGCGAAGAGGUCAAUAAAUGCCGAAAUACGGGACGCCAUGGGUCACCAAAGGCAUUUCCAUCACCAUCACAAUCAUCAUCCAUCGUACCAUGGCUCUCAUUGGGUAAAUGGUCACCGAGUGCACCGCAUGCGAAUGCCACAGCAUCAACGCUGGAGUGGACGCAGGCGCUCCAUUAGCCACAGCCAACCCUUCAGCCGGUGGUCACAGUGGACCACCUGUGAUGCGGACUGCAUCCGGCGGCGGGAGAGAUUCUGCAAGGUGAAACGGAAAUGCGGACAUACCAAGCACGUGGAGCAGAGCAAGUGCCGGCAUUGUCAUCCUGCACCUUCUAUUAAAUGGCAACCACCGGUUGUGGUUCACGAGGAGCACAUCCGCGAGAGUAGUCAUCCGCAGCCAUUGCCACCACCACCGCAACCGUCGAUAAUAAUUAAUGCAGCGGCCGCCGCCUCAAGUGGUCCAAAUCUAGAUUAUCGUCAUACUGAGUACGGGCCGCCUCCAGCACCUCCAGCUCCUGUAGCUUAUUAUCCAACAAAUCCUCCAAUUCUCUAUCAAAGUCCACCUCCGACUCACUAUCCAACCCACCCGCCAACGCCUUAUCCCACUCAUCCUCCAACGCCUUACCCAACUCCCUAUACAACUCCAUCUCCAACGCCACCUAUUCCAUCUCGUCAACCAGAAGAAAAAUUGCCAAAAAUACCAAGAUAUCCAUCGAAAGAAGUCUACAGCGAGGAGGAUUCUGGAGAGGAUCCAGAGCCGGUACCUGAACCCGAUGAAGAUUUUAUUAACUCCGAUGAGCAGGGUGACUUCUUUGUUUUGAAACACCAUCGUCACAGGAGACGGAAAAAUCAUAGGAAGAAAUUCCGCAGAGGACCUCCAAAGAUAGACUACGAUGACGAUGAUUUUGUGGAUUUUGCUGAAAGAAAAUCCUUGAACACGAGGAAUAUGAUCGAGGACAGCGUGGAGGGAGACGUAUUCCAGUACGAGGAUUUUGAUCUGGACCCGGACACUAUCUACCCUGAUUCUGAGGAAUCGGAUACGGAAUACCGAAAUAUUAGCUGGGUGCAGCCUCCCAAGGAUGGACUCGUAUUGCGGCGACGACGCAUCUACUCCAAGUGGAGUCGAUGGACCAGGUGCUCGCCCAAGUGUACCACCAGGAGAUAUAAAAAAUGCCGCAUUAGUGAUCAGUGCGGACGAGAGGUUCUCCGGGAGAUUGCCUAUUGCUACACAGAGGGCAGCUUUUGCCAACAAUGGCUGCAGACACAGUUCCAGAAAACGCCCGCCUUCGAGACCAGGCCGGGACCUGGCUCAGCAGCCAACGCCAUGCGACGAAUGCAUUCGGUACAGCCGGAGGAGUCCAUCAAUGACUUGAACUACAUAAUGGCAGGCAAGGGUUACCGCGGACCCGAGUACACGCCGAUGAAGCUGACCUGUGGUAUUGUCCGAUCCUCGGGACGCAGGAGUAUGUCCAACAUGCUAAAGAUCAUCGGUGGACGGGCAUCGCGUAAGGGAGAGUGGCCGUGGCAAGUGGCCAUACUGAACCGCUUCAAGGAGGCCUUCUGUGGAGGAACACUCAUUGCUCCACGAUGGGUCCUAACUGCCGCCCAUUGUGUGCGAAGAGUGCUCUAUGUUCGGCUAGGAGAACAUAAUCUGGAUUACGAGGACGGCACAGAGGUGCAACUGCGGGUAAUGAAGAGCUUUAUACACCCCAACUUUGAUAAGCGAACCGUGGAUAGCGAUGUGGCACUGCUCAGGCUACCCAAGCCCGUCAAUGCCACCAACUGGAUUGGAUACUCCUGCCUGCCGCAGCCUUUCCAGUCGCUGCCCAAGAACGUGGAGUGCACGGUUAUUGGCUGGGGCAAGCGCCGCAAUCGGGAUGCAACCGGAACUAGUGUGCUCCACAAGGCCACUGUGCCCAUAAUUCCAAUGAACAAUUGCCGAAAGGUUUACUACGACUACACCAUCACCAAGAACAUGUUCUGUGCGGGUCAUAAAAAGGGUCACAUCGACACUUGUGCAGGUGACUCGGGUGGCCCACUUUUGUGUCGCGACACCACCAAGCCCAACCAUCCAUGGACCAUCUUUGGCAUCACCUCAUUUGGAGAUGGAUGUGCCCAAAAGAAUAAGUUUGGCAUCUACGCAAAGGUGUCUAAUUAUGUUGACUGGGUGUGGUCGGUGGUCAAUUGCAAUGGCAACUGCAAGAUGCAGUAGCUCCUUUGGGCUGGGGUGGGUACUUGGUAGUGGCGGACUCGAGUCCGUCUCAAGUUGCAGAGGCUGUGAAAAUAAAAACUAAUAUAUAUACACUCUAAGUGUCUGAUCACAAUACAUGAUGUGCUCAUAAUUACGAUCCUAAAGUUAGAUAACUAGAAGUUAUAAGAAUAAAUGGAACAAAGUUGGAUUUCAAAAUAGAGAAGAGCCAAAUAUUUAUGUUUUUAUAUCCCUGAAAGACACCCAUUAAUUUCUGAUGUUCUUUGGUAUUAAUUUUAUAUACAUUUUCUUUGUAAUAUUCUGCUAAUGUAUAUAAUUCUGUUAUCAUAAUUUAAACAAAAAUUUGAUAUUAAAAUAGGAAUAACAAAAGGAAACCCACAUAGUUAAAACCUCUUAGUUACAGAUAUUGCCCUUCACUCACUUAUAUAUAUUUUAAAACAUAUAUAUCUCUUUUAACAAUAAGAUAAACAGAGCUAUUUGGUUAAGCGCUUUAAAAAUUAAUAGAAGAGAUGCUUCACUUUAACGGUCUUAAGUUAUUUGCGAACUCUGUACUGUAAAUAAUAAUCGCACAUUUUAAUGAGCUUAAUUUCUCUUAAUAAUAUUACAAAUAAUUUAAAACGAAGAAUACUCAAAUAGAGAAAAAAACGUUUGCCUAUAAUGUAGUCAAUAAAUUCAGAUAAUCAAGAAAGGCAGCUUUGCUGGACCUACCAAAGAUACACACAGAAAUGUACUUUUACUUAUUAGUUUAUUAUAUUAUUGGUGUUAAAUGCUGCACAGUUUUGCUUCCACAAUAAAACUAUUUAACGUGA